AUCAAAGGAGAAAAGAGGAUCCUUGGAUCCUUUUGAUGGUGCUCCGGCGAGGAUGUGGCAACAACGGGCAACCAAUGAUCUUGUGGGAGCACUGGCCAGAAGAAGAAAAAGUCUAAAGCUAAACACCUGAGAGAAGAGCUGAGAGUGAGCGUGGUUUUCGAGAUCAGUGCGUGAGGCAUAUAUAUAUAUUUUUCCAAUUCUUUUCCUUCCGCGUUUCAUGACUUAAAUAUCACAUGUAACAUUUCACCGGUAUAAAAGUGUUUCAAAAAUUUUUUCAUGUAUAAACAUUGCUUCAAAACACUGGAAUGAAAUCGUUUAUCGAAAAGUGUAAAACGUGUUUGACAAGUCUUCUCAGUACCUGGGGAUAAGAUUUUAUGGAGUUAUUAAUAGACUAAAGAAAAUAAAAAAACAAAAAAAAAAAAAAAUGGGAACUAGGGCAGUAGCCGUUGGCGCAUCUACAGGAGCAGUGGUUUCAGGAGAAGCUGGACUCGCUGGAGUUCCAAGACUUUUAGAAGAUUUAGCCAGACUCUCAGAGGACAAAGAAUCCGCCGAUAUUGUCUUUCUUCUAGGAAGAGACGAGACUACAGUUUAUGCCCAUAGAAUUAUUCUUCAAGCCAG